GCCUGAGGGGGCGGCCCGGCCGCGUUUGGCGCCAUCGCCGUCAUGGAGCCGGAGCGGCUGCGGCGCCGCCUCAGCUCCGCGUUCCGCCUGCGGGGGCUCGUCCUGCGCCCGGAUGCCCUGAAGUAUCUCAUCGAAGCUUUCCAGUCCACCAGUGAGGGAGAACUUGAUGAUAUAAUUGAAAAUGUCAUUGAUGCAGUUGAGAAACAGCCUUUGUCAUCCAAUAUGAUCGAGCAGCCCUUGGUGGAAGCAGCUGUCCAGGAAUGCAGCCGGGCCGCGGAUGAGGCGAUAGAAAAUGUUUUCAACAUUAUUGGAGCCUUUGACAUUCCACGUUUUAUUUAUAAUUCAGAAAGAAAGAAGUUUCUGCCCCUGUCCAUGACUGACCUGCCUAGGCCGAGUUUAUUUGGCACUGCCAGGGACAAGGCGGAGCUGUUCCGGGAGCGCUACUCCAUCCUCCAGCAGAGGAUUCACAGACAUGAGCUGUUCACUCCUUCACCAGUUGCUGCUCAUCCUGAUGAUAGCAAGAGCAAAUUCCAGCUGAAGACAGUAGAAACUCUCCUGGGUAAUACAGCUAAAAUGGAAGAAGUGAUUGUGCUUGGAAUGAUGACUCAGCUCAAGGAGGGGAAAUUUUUCCUAGAAGACCCCACAGGAGUGGUCCAGCUGGACCUUAGUAAAGCACAGUUCCACAGUGGGUUAUACACUGAAUCCUCCUUUGUUCUGGCAGAAGGUUGGUAUGAAGAUAAAGUUUUUCAUGUGAACGCUUUUGGAUUUCCGCCCACUGAGCCUUCUGCUACCACGAGAGCCUUCUAUGGGAAUAUAAACUUCUUUGGAGGGCCUUCCUCAUCAUCAGUGAAGGCUUCUGCAAAGCUGAAGCAGCUGGAGGAGGAGAAUGAAGAUGCCAUGUUUGUGUUUGUGUCUGAUGUGUGGCUGGACCAAGCAGAAGUGCUGGAAAAGCUUCACACGAUGUUUUCGGGUUAUUCCUCUGCACCUCCCACCUGCUUUUUCUUCUGUGGAAAUUUUUCAUCUGCACCAUAUGGCAAAAAUCAAAUCCAGUCCCUGAAAGGUUCUUUGAAAGCUCUGGCAGAUAUUAUAUGUGAAUAUCCCAGCAUCCAUAAAAGUAGUCGAUUUGUGUUUGUCCCUGGUCCUGAAGAUCCUGGGCCUGGGUCUAUUUUACCAAGACCCCCUUUGGCUGAAAAUAUCACUCAGGAAUUCAGACAGCUGGUGCCAUUUUCAGUUUUCACCACAAAUCCCUGCAGGAUUCAAUACUGCACCCAAGAAAUCAUAAUUUUUCGGGAAGAUUUGGUCAACAAAAUGUGCAGGAACUGUGUCCGCUUCCCAAGCAGCAACAUGGACAUUCCCAACCAUUUUGUAAAGACCAUUUUAUCCCAG